GUGUUUAUAUAAUAUUUUAAUUAAAACUCACCAUUAUAUAUUUUUAAAAAUAAUUUAAAAAAUUGAAAAUAACUUAUUUAGUUAAUUCAAUUAUUAAUUUAAUUAUGAUGAAUUAAAAGAAAAAUUUAUAAUUAAUUAAAAAUAAAUAUUAAAAUAAUAUGACAAUGAACAAAUAAAAUAUCUUAUAAUACAUAUUUCAUUAAAAUUAUAUAAAAAUACGGUUUAAAUUUUUUUGUAAAUAAUUUGAAUAUAUAUACAUAUAUAUAUGUACAAGUGAAAUAAAAUAUGUUCGAAAUUAGAAAUAAUAUUUAUAAUUGUUUAAUAAUAAAUAAUUAUUAAAUUGACAUAUAAUAUAUUUGUCAACGAAUAAUUUUACAAACAUUUAUAACAUAGAUAAACAUAGAUAUUUAUUGAAAUAAGAAAUAAGAAAAAUAUAAAAUAUUUUUAAUAAUUAUAUUAAUAUCUAUUAAUAUUUAAUCUUCAAUAAUUUUAAUAUUUUUUCUGUAUUAUAUCAAUAAAUAUAAUAUAUAAUGGCAAAAUAUUAAUUUUUAAGGAAAUAUUUUUAAUUGAAAUUCUAUAUUUCGUAAAAGUACUAAUAUUGAUAUAUAAUUGUAUAUACAAAUAUAAAAAUUAAAUAAUAAUGUUAAAAACAUUAUGUAAAUUAUAUACAUUUAAAAUAAAAAAGAAUUUACAAAUUAUUUUAUUACAAAAAUGUUUUAAUUCAACAAUAAAUGUUCAAAAAAUAUUCAAAAAUAAUUUACAAAAUUCUAUAAAAUAUGAAAAUAAAAUUUUAAAAAUAAUAAAUAAUAAUAAUUUAAAAGACUUAACAAAAUAUAUUCACCCAACAUUUGCUGAAACAAUAAUAUCAUCCUAUAUUGAAAAUGGACCUUAUAAAUCAUUAAAUGAUUUAUUAAUAAAGACUAAUAUAAAUGAAAAUAUUUUGAAUGAAUUUUAUAAUUCAAUACUCAACCAUGAAAAAAUACCCCCAAAAAAAAUCAACAAAUUUACUGUAACACCCAAUAUCAGUGGAAUAAAAAUGCCACAAAUGAUAUUAGGAAUACAUGUGGGACCUAAUGCAAUAAGUUGGACAUUAUUAAAUUCUAAUUUUAAGAUACUAAAUUGGGAUUGUCUUGUUUGGAGGAAUAAAACCUCAAAAAUUACUACUUAUGAUAUAAUUAGUUCGACAUCAUCUUUUGUACAAGAAUUACCUAUAUCUAAUAAUAGUUCCAUUUCUUUUGUAAUGGAAGAAAUUGAUGCAUCAAAAAUGUUAUGUUAUCAAUUUCAAAUAAUCAUUGGUGUUGCAAGUUGUCUUAAAUUAUUGUUAUGUCAAGAAGAAAAUAAUUCAUCAAAAUUCUCAAAUAAUUUAUACAUAUUAAAACCUCGAUCGACAGCACGAUUCUUUAAACUUAGAGUUGGUAAUGAAACAAUUGCAGCAAAUUAUAUUUUGGAGAAAAUAUUAAAUAAAACAAAUGAAACAGAUGAAAAUUUAAAACAGAUACAAAUAUAUAAUAAAAUAAAAAAAAAAUAUAUGGAAAAAAUUGCAGAAGAAAAAGAACAAAUAGGAUGGUCUCUAUUAACAGCUUUAACUUUCGUACAUCUAGUUAAGGAUCAAUCUCUUAUAGAAUAAUUUAAAAUAAUUAAUUGUACAUAAAAUUUUUUUUUUAUGAAAUAUAAACUGAUAAAUAUUUUAUACAGUAUAUGUAAAAAAUAAAAAAGAAUUAAAGAAAUUCCAUGUGAAUUAAUAUUA